CCCUGGAAAAUUAUGAAUAGUAAUGGAGAAGAAGGUAAAAUGAAUAAGCCAUGUACGGUGGAAAAGCCACCAUGGUUGGAACUGCCAGAAGGUAUAUGGGCUGAUAUUAGGGUGUCAAAUUUGGCCCAAAAGGUGAUGACCCGCCCAAUUCGCUCAAAAUUUUAUGCGUUAAGCUCAAGAUAAUUUCAUAUUGGGCUGAUUUUAGCCCAACUCAACAUAGUUUAUUUUAAAGUGAUCUCUAACUUAGCCCAAUAUUAGCCCAAUUCUAGCCCGUUUUUAAGUUUUACUUAAAUUUAGAUUUAUUGCUUGAGAUGUACUUUAUUUUUUGUAUGUAUACACUUUUCUUGUAUCGUGUAUUUUAUAAGUUUGUGGUAUGCUUAAUAUAAAAGGAAAUGUUUUUCUCAAAAAUAUUUUCACGAAAAAUCCUCGAAAAUAAUUUUUAAGAAAAAUAUUUUUGGCGAAAAAUGUAUUUCUAAAAAAUUGACCCUUCAAAAAAAAUGAUCCAGUCCAUUUCACCCUAAGUAACUUUUGGGUGAGCCCAACCCAUUUAUUACCUUAGCCUAUUUUAAUUGGGUCAAUUUCAGCCCAACCCGCCCAUUUGAUAUACUAUAUAGGACUUGGGCCAGUAGAGAUGCUGUUGAAUGCACAGAACGUGUGCACUACGUGGAGGCGAAUAUGCAAGGAACCUUCCAUGUGGCGAGUCAUUAACCCGUGGAAGAACCUAGGUGACAUCUCCGACAAGAAUUACGACAAGAACCUAGGUCAAGUUGUUGAUAUCAGCCUUGAGAUUCUUGCCACUGAUGAUCUGCUUUCCUAUGUAGCACAAAGAUCAGGGAAACUGAAAAGGCUUAGUAUUGCAUUUUACGUGGGUAAGGUAUGUAAAGGCUUGGAUGAAGUAGUUCGAAAGCUACCACUGUUAGAAGAGCUAAGUUUGACACACACCAUUUUUUGAUUAAGCACCGGGUGUCCGGGUCUCUUUGAGCCCCGACUAAUCCCGGGGGUGCACAGGCCCUCGGCAAGGAGUUUCCCACAAGUGCACCACGGGUAAUUCAGGGUUUUACCCCAGUCCGAUGACCCUCAGAAAUUGUUUGCACCCAGUGGGUUUUGAACUUGAGACCUUGAAAGGGAGCA